GCUGUACAGAUCACACUGAAUCCAACCGAGUUCCAGAACAGUCGCAGCUAGUUCUCAGCGUUGUGUUUUAAGUUGUACUAGUGCUUUUUCACGUUACCGUUCAAGUAAAAAUGGCGUUCAUACAGUGCACACUCGCCGCUCUCGUCUUGCACGUGGCCUGCGGCAGUUACCUGGCUCACCGCGCGGCCGCUUACCACGGCGGCGUCGGCGCUUACCACCACGGCGGUUACCAGGGAUACGAGGCGGCCCCGUCGUACGACUACGCGGCGUACCCGGCUUACUCGUCGGCCAGCUCCUACCAGGCAGACUACCCGAGCUACUCGAAACCCGUGGACUACUACUCGCCGCCCAAGUAUUCGUUCAACUACGGCGUCAAGGAUUACCACACCGGCGACGUCAAGGACCAAUGGGAAGAGAGGGACGGGGAUGUCGUCAAGGGCGAGUACAGCCUGGUCGAACCGGACGGCACUACGCGCAAGGUGACCUACACCGCGGACGACCACAACGGUUUCAACGCGGUCGUGCACAAGUCCGGCACCGCUCACCACCCGACCACCGUCGCCCACGCACCGGUCUACCAUCACGCGUACCGCCGUUGAGGACGCACCGCGUCUCGGUUACCAGCCGGACUAGCCGGCGGGUUAGGUUACCGUACACACGAUUACCAUAACGCAUUUACCGUAGAGUUUCGUAACCAAUCAAAAAUCGAUAUCCCUUUUUUUAUCUCUUUCUUUAACCGCCCUUUUUAUCGAACGUUGUUUACAUGACGUACGCGUUCGCAUACAGCCAAUUCAGAUGAUUAUGAUACACACACACACACACACACACACACAUAUAUAUAUAUAUAUAUUCUAUACGUAUACGAUAAAACGGGUAUAUUUUAAGACUUCGAGCGCUUUACGUACCAGGUAUAACCUUGUAAUGUUCUUUUUCGUUUUCCGUUCGACACGCGUGUCGCUGUUCACGCGCGCUUACAAUAAUAUCGAUUAAACGGUUCUUCGCUUCGUCAAUGAUCUCUUUUCACGUUUAUAUUUUACACGACAAUCCGAACGGCAUCUCUUACCGCCGACAUAUUAUCUGUACGAUACGCAUGGAUCUUAAGUCGCCGAUUUUUUUUUUUUCUAUUUGUUUUUUACAUUUUACAUUCUAUUUUUAUUUUUUAUUUUUUUAUAAUUGAUUUUAUAUUUUCAUUGUAUUAUUUUUUACACGCGUUCGAGAAUUGUACACCGGGAUCCGGUGUAAUAUUUCUCGAAUUUUUAUGCUGUAGAAAACCAAAAUCUUAUACUUGAAAUAUUUGUACUUUUACCUGAUCAUUUUGUACAUACAUUUUAUAAU